UUUAGUUUUAAAUUUGCGACGGUUUGCUGAAAAUCAAACUAGCGAUCGCGGCGGAAAAAAUCGCACUUAAUAGCACAAAAAAUAUUUUUAAAAAUAUAUACCAAAGGAUUCCAGUUUAUCAAGAGUUUUUAACUUUAAUUUGUGGUUAUUUUAAGUGCGGAUAAGGUGAUAAAAAAAAUAAAUCUAUAAUAUCGAGCAGUUGCUGCUAAAUUUACAUAACCAAAAGUGCGCAUUUGGUAAAGUUCGAAGUCGAUCGAAAUGGGCAUUCCGGAUAUUCGGCUGUUGGUGACACUGGACUUUGAGGUCUAUGGACAUGUGCAAGGCCUGAAUCUCACGAAAGACACCCGCGAUCGAUGCACCAAGGCGGGAAUCACGGGCUGGGUGAAGAACAGCAAACAGGGCACCAUUGUGGGCAAAAUGCAGGGACCCAAGGAGGAGGUGGACAAGUUGAUCACCUGGCUGUCUAGCGAGGGAUCACCCGGCUGCCAAAUCGAUCGAUGUGAGCUGCGGAACCAGGGAAAUCUCAGCCGACUGGACUACAAGGACUUCGCAAUUAGGUUUUAGAUAUCUCUCCGCCUUCAAUUUCGACUGCGGCAUAAUGGUUUUAUGUGUUUGUUAUGUGCAUUACUUCGAUAAGUUUGUAAAUACGAUUAAAAAAUAAAGAAAGUAAUAAUAAUUUGA